AUGUCAUCCCAGAAAGUCUACAUUGAUCACCUUCUACUCCAAUUCAGUCAAGAGCAGUUCGACUAUGUUCCAAAAUGGAUUUCAGAUCACUUUACCGUGAUAGACGGCGGAGUCCACACAGGUGGCUGGAGCCGCAACAAGCUUAUCGUCUUUAAAGACGGGACAUACCUUGAGCUGUAUAAUUGGAUUACAAAGCCGGAGGACUGGAGGAAGCGGCUACCUGGAGACUUUGCCUUGACGGCAUUGGACCCCAUCUCUGCCGAAGCGAGCAGGGAGCGGAUCGUGGAUGCACUAGCAAGCGAACCCGGUGACGGCGGGAUCGGAGUGACCUACCUCCCACCCCAAGGAGGGGGACGCAAGAAUGCCGAAGGUGUAGACAUCCGCUGGGAGAUUGUCAAGGCAGGGUAUACCCAUGGAGAAUCAACUCCACGAGACGAAUUUUUCCCAAGGGGACGCACAGAUGCACCCUUCUUCUGCCAUGAUCUUACCCCGCGCCGGCGGCGUGUUACGUUUGACUUGCCGUCCGUAACGCAGCAUCCGUCGGGCGCCACGGGAAUAGACCGCAUUGAGGUUCUAGUUCCCAGGGGGAAGUUCCGCGCGUAUACGGACCUCUACACGUCCAUUGUCGGAGCCGCCCCGCAAGAAGAUGAAGGUAGAGCCGCUUUCAAGCUAUCUGCACCUGGUAUACCAAACCUCUCUGGGUCCCUGUAUAUUCGCCCGGCGGAGACGGAAGCAGACGAGCAAUUCUUGCAAGAAAAGGGCGUCGGUAUUAGUUCGCUGCUCUUGCGGUCGGAGAUUGGCGAGUCGUUCAGUUUUCCAAUCGCGGGAUACCUCCAGUGA